UCUGUUCUGGGGACGACUGUGGAACCUCUGGAGAUGAUGAUGCAAAGAAGGAUUUGACAUAAAAUCAAGAACAUUAUGGACAACCCUGGCUACCCUUUGCAUGAGACUGUUGCAGAAAAGCAGAAUCUCUUCCACCAGCGACUUCUACAAAUUCACUGUAAUGCAGACCGCUACAGGAGAUCCUUCCUGCCAGUCGCCAUCACCUUCUAUUAUAACUCUUUGAAUAAUCUUAAAUUAAUAUGAGUUACAACAACAUUACAUUUAUUUCCCUGUGGGAUCUGAAUGGAAUUUUCUUGAGGAUUUCCAUAGUUUAUCAUACGUCCCACCUUUGAUUGUUAUGUAUUUGAAGAUGUUACAUAUUUUAAUGAAUAACCAAAUUUAAAGUCAGUAAUUACCCUCACUGUCUUAUUAGUACAAUAGAAGAAAAAAUACAGACAGCUGAUCUGGAGAUUGGAAUCCUCACAUUAUUUUCACAUGCCUGGUUUAGAGACUUGAUAGUUUCAGUAUAUGAUAAUAAAAUGCAGGUAUACUAAGAAAACGGUAUUACAUGUCUCUUCAGAAAGAGGACAUUGUCAGUGUUAGCCGUAUGAUCAUAGAAUCCAGGGUUUCCCCCAGAAAUCUUGCUGAGCCCGGUGCUCUGGGCUCUACGGCAGUCAUUCAUCCAGCCACCUGCCAUGUUUUUGAGUUCAAAAAUGUUUAAAGUUGACAGGAAAUUUGAAAAUAUCAUUUGAUAGUUAUGCGUUUUUGAAAGACUGGCAGAUUAAUACCUGAACACCAACUAUAAAGUCUUUAAAAAAAAAAAAAGAAUAAAUUAACAAUGCUAAGUCUGGUGGGGGUACAAGUAAAGCCUGGUGGCCCUCCAGGCUUAUAAUACACUGAGGGAAACCCUGGAGUCUAUUGGCUGAGGCCGGGGCCUUGGAGCUUCUAUAGAAGAUCUCAGUAUAAUGAUACUGAUCUAAUGAUUUACUUCGUCUGACUUUCAUUUAAAAAGAAAUGAUAAAAACAUGACUAUCUGUAAAUUCAGCUCUUAAUGUCUUGAUGACAAUCAAUUAAUCAUUGCUUUUCUUUUUACAUAUGUAUAACAAUACAUACUCAUCAGUUUGAUGUUUGUCAACUGUAAGGUAAAGUGGCUCAUUAGUGGCUGCCAGAGGGUAUAGUUUCCCCAUCCUCUGCUUCAACCUCACUCGAGUACUCGAGUGAGUGAGUUGCUGUUGUGUGUUUGUGUACAAAUCAUCACAAAGGCUCAUGUAACCAAAUAUACAAAGAGCUGGCAUGAUAGAUAAGAGAUGGCAGGGAAACAUGAACAGGGUGGGGGUGUGUGGGUGUGCAUUCAGCUUCCCAAAACAGGUUUAUCAGAAAAUAUAAUCGCACACUUAAAAUCUGUUACAUCUGUAACAAUACGGUCUACACACACAAAGACCGGCAGUGACCAGCUGACGGUCCAGCUCUGCCCAGACAGAGACUAACACAGCAUUAGUUCUGUUUGCAUACUGCUGCCACUGGAAAUGCAAAAAAAUAUAUAAUGAAAAUAAGGCCAAACAGUUAGAUGCCUUUUUGAUUUUUAGUAUUUGGGGUUUUUCAUCAUCUGCUUUGUUGGACUUGUGAAGUUGCGUAAGCGUGCCAGUGCCUCUGGUUAAAUCUGUUUCUGCUGUCAACACUUUGGCUUUAUUUGCAUCGCAUCCCAAACCUCUCGUGGCUUUGGCAGAUCUGGAUGGCUCUGCUUUCCAUCAACAUUGUCAAAGUGUUAACUGAUCACGGGGCAAUCAGCCACGGGGUGUGAGACAAUGCUUCAUCCUCGCAAGUAUGAAAUUAGACUAAAAUGUCAUUGUGAGGCCUUUUUGUGGCUCGUCUCAUAUUCCAAAAUAGACAGAGUCCACAGGACAGGGCUUCCUACAGCUGCUUGUGUCAACCUCUUGUAAAGGCUCACAACCGCCACACACAUGGAGCAAACGGAGAAAAAAAUAGACACAUGAUGUAAGCUACUGAUAGAUGAAGCGAAACACAAGACAUUGUUGAUUUUUGGGAUUUUAUAGCAACAGCACCACAAAGAGUUAAAAAUAAAGUCUCACAUAUAAAAUGCACUGUACUGACUUUUAUUACAUUUGAGAGAUGUAAAAGUAGAUGCAAUUCUGCUAAGUUUCUAAGGUGACCUAUAACUUCAACUACAACUACAAAGUCUAAUUACAGCAGUUUUCUGUAAAGCCUUAUCUGAUUUUUAUGUAAAAGUCAGAAUUUCUAGAAUGUCUAGACACACUGGAAAACAGUGAGCUGCUAAAUCAUUCACACCUUCAAAAUAGGAAAAGUUAGACUGCAUGAAAUAAAAAAUGAUCAAAUAAAAAGAAAAAAACAAAAUGGCAUUAUGUGUUUAACAAUGAAGUGAGUUUCUCUCUGAUUUGAGGAUCACAGCGGGUUAAAUGUGACCUGGGAAUAUUAACCUAUUUAUGACAUGUCUCUUCUCCAUGUGUGUGUGUGUGUGUGUGUGUGUGUGUGUUUGCGCAUAGAGCCUGGUGAUGGAUUUUAAUCUGCUGACAGACAGUGAGACCCGCAGCCCGGCGCUGUCUCUCUCUGACUCCGGAACACCGCAGCAUGAGUCGGGAUGUAAAGGCCAGGACCAAAGCGACACUGAGAAAUCCCAGCAGAACAAGUUGGAUGAGUCAGGUGUUGAAGAUGGCUCUCUGAAGAAGAAGCAGCGGCGGCAAAGGACUCACUUCACCAGCCAGCAGCUCCAGGAGCUGGAAGCCACCUUCCAGAGAAACCGCUACCCAGACAUGAGCACAAGAGAAGAGAUUGCUGUGUGGACCAACCUCACUGAGGCUCGGGUCAGGGUAUGGUUUAAAAACCGCCGUGCAAAGUGGAGAAAAAGGGAAAGGAACCAGCAGGCAGAGUUGUGUAAAAAUGGCUUUGGCGCCCAGUUCAAUGGACUCAUGCAGCCGUAUGAUGAAAUGUACACAGGCUACUCCUACAAUAACUGGGCAACCAAAGGGCUAGCGAGCAGCCCGCUGUCUGCCAAAAGCUUCCCAUUCUUUAACUCAAUGAAUGUAACUCCCCUGUCAACCCAGCCUAUGUUCUCGCCUACAAGUUCCAUCCCCUCCAUGAACAUGCCCUCUACCAUGGUGCCCUCGGCUGUGACUGGAGUCCCAGCUACCGGGUUAAACAACCUGGGGAACAUAAAUAACCUCAACAGCCCGACAGCGCUCAACUCUGUAGCGGUGACUGCAGCCACAUGCCCCUACGCCACCACAGCCAGCCCCUACAUGUACAGAGACACCUGCAAUUCCAGCUUGGCUAGCCUACGACUUAAAGCAAAGCAGCACACCAACUUCGCCUAUCCAGCGGUGCAGAAUACCGUGUCCAACCUAAGCCCCUGCCAGUAUGCUGUGGACCGGCCUGUAUGAACUCCAGAUAUGACUUUACAAACCAGCUGUAAAGCCCACCGCCACUCCGAAUUCUCAUCUCUUCAGUUCCAUCUCUAAACCACUGGUGGUGCAGCAGAUCAGUUUGUGUCCUGAUGGUUCAAUCGAGUCAUCGUCAAUAUCAACAAAUGGGACUCCACAGAUGGACCAUUGCUUCUUCUAAGGAAUGACUGCAGUUGCAGAACUGAUCAAGCAUUUUCAAGCUAGUUUUAAAGAGGAGGAUUUGAUUUUCCUUCUUUUGAACUGCAUGAUGAGAGAAAUAACAGAAAUCAAGGAUAAGUGAACCGUUGGACUGGUUGUUAGUAUCUUGGGUAAGAAACAUGAAACCGAGCUCUCACAGAAAGUGGGCUUAUGGUUUCAAAGUCAGCUAUUUUUUCUGCUUUCUGCGAAUAUAUAUAUAUAUAUAAUGAGCCCCAAGUUAUUCAUACCCCUGGCAAAAUUAGAUAUGUGUUUUACUCAACCAGGAACCUUACUUCUGUCCAAAUGAAAGGACUAUGAAUAUUAAAAUCUGUUUUUGUUUAAAUUAUAUAAAAAAGCCGCUAUCAAAAUUAUUUCUAUGUUUCUUAAUGAUUGAAGGAAAAAUCAUAAUUGGCAAUACAGCAGUCUAACUUGCUCUUGUAAUAUCUGACCAGAAGUUUUCCAUGUGUUCACAGGUAUUUGGAUAAUUUAUCUUCAGCAAAGCGCUCCAAGUCUUUGAGGUGGGAUAGUCUCCAUGCCAUCACCAAAAUUUUUUAGCUCUCUCCUCAGAUUCAAGAUGGGAUUCUGGGUGGAAAACAAAAUAAUAUCAAAUACUGACAUUAUUUUGAGUCAGAAAGACAUGUUGGCUAAAUAUUACUUGGAAUAUUACUUUAACACUAAAUCUGUCCGGGGUAUGAAUAUGGUAUCGUAUGACAGAUACCUAGUAAGGACUAUAGAUAAACAUUCUAUGUGCACAGUAUGUAGGAACUAGAAUUGCAAAAAAAACAAUUUUAAAAAUGGUUUUACCCUGCAGGUCCUCAUGGGGAACUCUGGAGUUUGAGAAGUCUCGAAAGUGAACACGACUCUGUAAUUUUAAAUAGAAAGUUAGCUAUUUAAAUACACGCUAUAUUUAGUACAUGAGCAAAAUUUUCAAGCAAAACUCUGAAAAGCCAUUUAGUAUAGAACUUUGUUCCUGGUCCAUGACAGUAGAAAUGUAUGUAAGAAUGCAAAGCAAACAUUUUAAAAUACAAGCUUUUAUCCUGGUGUUGCUUGCUUUGUCUCAUCAAAAAUAAGUAAAAAAAAUGUUUCCAUGAACUACAUGUAGACUAUCCAAUUGAACAGAGCAUCCCAUUACAGCUUAAAACUCUAGUCAUCUCCAGGUUACUAUGCUCCUUCACCCCUUCGUCUCUCUACAUUGCACUGUUACCAUUUUAUCCUUGUACUUAUCAUUCCUUACCAAUGUACUUACCCUUUGAUAUGUUCUUUGUUGUUCUUUUUUUUUUUUUUGGGUGGAUGUGCAUCUUAUGAAAUCACAGAAAUAAACAUUGGUUAAAAAAAGAAUCUCUAUGUCCAGGCCAAAAGGUCCUGUAAAGUCCUAUUAAAAUGCAAGUAUUUAUUAUUA